CUCCGCCAGAGUAGCCACAUUGAUACGUUGGCUUUUGGCGAGAUACCUCUGCUUAUAGGCCAAUCAAGUUCACUUCUUCGCUUACGUAGUUUGUUCCGGUUUAGUUGAUAAAUUUUGUAUUUUCUCGCGUUUUUCUGGCGAUUUUUUCUGUUCUAAUUUGUCAACUUGGGUAAAAAUGGCUGCUUUAGCUCAGCUGAUUAAAUCUACCGUCCGUCCGGCAUGCCGUGCACUAUCCUCGAAGGCUGCUCCAGCUGUGGAGACUUCAGCCCUGGGGCCCAGCUUUGCCCUGAGUGAUGAACAGCGGGAAAUAGUGGACAUGACGAAGAAGUUCGUCCGGGAGGAAAUUAUCCCGGUGGCCGCUCAGUACGACAAAACUGGCGAAUACCCAUGGCCAAUCAUAAAGCGAGCCUGGGAGCUGGGCUUGAUGAACAACCACGUUCCAGCGGAAAUUGGGGGUACUGAUAUGUCCAUCAUGACCAGUUGUCUAAUUGCCGAAGAACUGGCCUACGGGUGCACGGGCAUUAUGACGGCUCUCGAAGCCAGUGGUCUUGGACAAACACCUGUAAUAUUAGCCGGUAAUGAUGCGCAGAAGAAAAAAUAUCUUGGCCGACUGCUGGAGCAACCACUUGUGGCGGCUUACUGUGUGACCGAACCGGGAGCCGGUUCGGAUGUGAAUGGUGUGAAAACACGUGCCGAGAAGAAGGGUGACGAAUGGAUCAUCAAUGGGCAGAAAAUGUGGAUCACCAAUGGUGGUGUUGCCAACUGGUACUUCGUCUUGGCUCGUACCAAUCCGGACCCCAAAUGUCCAGCGUCGAAAGCAUUCACCGGAUUUAUCGUGGAACGAGAAACUCCUGGUCUAACGCCGGGUCGCAAAGAGCAAAAUAUGGGCCAACGUGCCUCCGAUACCCGCGGCAUCACAUUCGAAGACGUUCGAGUUCCCAAAGAAAACGUACUGAUCGGUGAGGGAGCUGGUUUCAAGAUUGCGAUGGGUACUUUCGAUAAAACACGACCCCCGGUGGCUGCGGGUGCUGUAGGACUAGCCCAACGUUGCCUGGAUGAGGCCCUCAAAUAUUCACUGGAACGUAAGACCUUUGGCGUUCCAAUUGCAGCCCAUCAGGCAGUUUCCUUUAUGCUGGCUGAUAUGGCAAUCGGUGUCGAAACCGCUAGAUUAAUUACGAUGAAGUCCGCCUGGGAGGUUGAUCAGGGCCGAAGAAAUAGCUACUAUGCCUCCAUUGCCAAGUGCUACGCAGCAGACAUGGCCAACAAGGUGGCGUCCGAUGCGGUACAGGUCUUUGGCGGAAACGGGUUCAACACCGAGUAUCCAGUGGAGAAGUUGAUGCGGGAUGCCAAGAUUUAUCAAAUCUACGAGGGUACAUCGCAGAUUCAGAGAUUGAUCAUUUCGAGAAACAUGAUGGAAAUUGCAAAGGGAAAGUUGUGAUGAGUGGAUAGAUCGAUAUAGAUUUAAGAGUAUUUGUUUUUUGUUACUCCACUAUUUGAAAGUUUUUGGUGCAAGUAAAGUAUAGAAUUUUUUUAUGAAAAAAAAACAACAGGCGACGUUGUAAUAAACUGGAUGCUUGAGUAUAGAUAUUAAAAGUUAUUUCUUUUUUUAGGUAUGUCAACUUUUUUUAUUUGUAAUAAAACAGUGCAUCACGUAAAUAAAAUAAAGAUUUAACAAACACA